UGAAGUUUUUUUUUUUUCUAUAAGGUUUGACUAAUUACCAAAAGUGACCAGAGUUGAGAACUUGGUACAGAAAGAAACAUUUUUUUUCUGAGUGACUAGUUGAUAUAAACAUUUCUCCCAGGCACAACUAACAUAUAGGAAAGCUACCAGAAACACAUUUGCAGUUUAGUAUUACAUGCUCAUUUGAUUUCAUCGUUUGACACAAGUCCUGCUGCUGAACUUACUGUUGAACCUGCUGUUGAACCUACUGUUGAACCUACUGUUGAACCUGCUGUUGAACCUACUAUCGAACCGACUGUUGUACCUACCUCACUAUGGCUUUUAUUUACAAAUAUCCGGCAGUAGUCCUAACUUUCAUGACUCUGACCAGUCACGUGAUCUCACAGGACAGAUCGAGAGCCAGCAUAUUGAACAGUGACCCCAUUCAGAUGGGAGAUUUGGGGGUGCCUCCUGCCACGUCCACUAUUAUCUUAUACGAUUGCACGGCUACGCAUCGGGCCAAAGCAGACAAUCCAGGGGCGUUUCAAGUGUUUCAUAAUGGCGAAUGGUGGUCACAGCUCUGCCAGGAAGGACUGAUCUGGAACCAGACGUUGUGCCGGUGUGAAUACCCUCAUGGGCGUAGACCUGAAAGAGAGUGCAGGGAGUAUCGCGCUCUGUCCACUGAACCCUCUGGCCAGUACGAACAAUUUGUCAAUGGCAACUGGAUACGGCGUGAUUGUUCUCUGGCCGUGGCUGGACUUGUCUGGGACCAGGAGACAUGCCAGUGUGUCUGGGGUCCGAGGAGUAAAGAGAUGAUUACUGGACAAGGAGUGACUCCGUGCGAUAUUAUGCUGAACAUGACCUUUGAGGACGGAAUCAAGGACAGUGGUAAAGGUUCUUUCGUGGAGAUCGGAAGGGGCCCCGCUGUACCCAUCUACAACUUGGAUCCCCAGGACGCCGUGGACGGUAGCCGGGCAGCGUUCUUCAGCGAGACAGCUCUGAAUGUUUGGUACUUUGCAGGAAAUGAGAUGGGAACAUCGCUGAGGGUGGAGUUCCGGUUCAAGAUGGCCAACGACCCUAGCAACCGAGACAAGUAUCAGAUUUUUAUCUCUAACGGGUGCAACGUCUCGAACCCUGGCUACACCACACCCUCACUGGCCAUCGGCUACCGGCCUGCUGACCAAUCCUACCUUCUGGCUUUUGAGACGUCCAGUGCAAGAAAAGCGAUCGUCUGCACUAAACGCUUGGGUGCAUACAGUUGGCAUACAGUCUCGUUGAUCUAUGAAGAUGGUACUCUGUUACUACGUGUAGACGACCAACCUUGCAUCAUCUCUCAAGACUUCACAGGUCCAAUUCAGAAAACACCAUGCCCGCUGACCAUCGGAGCUGACCCUCUGGAGAGACAGUCCAUGUACAAAGGCUACUUUGAUAAUCUUCUGGUGGCCAGAUAUUGCAGACGCUUUAUUGACAGUGACCCAUCGGAGGGGGAGAAAAAGGGCCCCAUGCCGGUGGAGACAGCCCCGAACGUUCUUCUCGGGGGCCCUGAGGACAAAGGCUACCCUGAUCGCAACCUACCACAGAGCAAAUCUCCGAAUGACCUGCGCCGAGGACUUUCCGAGACCAAGCACAUUCAGGUUGUGGGCCAGAAAACGUUUGACAACUCUUUAGAAAAUAGAAACAGUGGUGCCGGAGUUGGUUCCCUUGGUCAGGUGACCCCGUUGCUCAGCGACGCGUACAAGUCAUUAAUCACGAGUGUAGUCAAUCCCCUGUCCCCUAACGUUAGUAACGGUGCACCGAGUAUUUCAAAACCUAUUUCUGACCAAAACGUGCAGCCGUACAAAAACACUAUGCAUAGCAGAAACGGUGGUGACGACAAAUUAAGUCAAGGGACACUACUGAAAAGCGACAUGGGCCUCAACAUAAAUAAUAGGAAAAAAGGUCAGACAAAAGUUACACCAUCAAAGUUAUCUCCCUCAGAAGACGCUGAUAGCAGCACUGACUUCAAAGCCGACGAGAUUCCACCAAAAGAUAGGUCAUACGAUUUAACAAAGCCCAGUUUGAACGGUGCAAGAACCAUUGGCGAUAAGAAUAAGGAAGCUUUCUCGAAUGCUCUUCCAGCGUCUGAUAAACUGGACAUGUCCGACAUAGGCGUGUUCUCUAAUGAGCAAAAUGUUAAUAGUAAAAAAUUCAGGGACUCUAACAAAAGACAAGAUGAGGAACCCGACGCUAACAAAGACGUCGCUUUUACCGAAGCAGAUUCACAAAACCUAAAAGGCGUUUCACAGGUAGUCGACUUAUCAAAAGGUAGACUAGAAAACAGUAACAGAGGGGUAGAGUACCAGAAAAUGACAGAAGCUAAAAGAAUCAAUCAGGGUGAAAAUAAUCGCCAAGUUAGCCAAGGAAAGGUAUCAAACUUGAGUUAUGAUCAAGGCGAAGGUCAAGGACCAGCUUUUCAUAAAAUCCUUGACGUAACCGAUGACAUCAGCGACAGUCAAACCGAGGCUGCUUAUCACAAGGUGGUUGCUAGUAAUGAUGGCAAUGCCAAUAACGCCAAUAACAAUCCCAAAAUACAACUCUCUACCCCGAGCAUUAAAAAUAAGGGAACGAACCCUAGUUUGUUUUCUCACAAAAACCUGCAAAUUCCAGACGAAGGCAGUCAUCAGUUGAACACACAGGACACCGAGAAUCCGUUAGAUGAAAUCAGGCAAAACCUAGCUACUGUGCUCAGGGAACCCCAGGGCAACCACGAAACAAGAAGGCCAAAGUUCAAGCCUCAAGCAGUCGACCAGGACGAUUAUGAUGUCCCAGUGCAAGAGUUUCCGAAAGAAAAGGUCGAAAUCGUCUCAGAGAGUUAUAGCAACUCAAGGAAAGCUGCGAACAGUAAUGGACAAGACAAUCAAAACUUUCAACAUGGCUUCCAACCAACGUUCAAUAAAAACUACAAGUCCCAUGAUGCAGUAGAGCAGACAAGUAAAGCCUUUCGGGGAAGUAACUCUGACAGAAGACAUUCCUCUAAACAGCACAGUGAUAAAGGGGAAAACAGGGGUGACAACCGCAAGGGGAAUAAAGGUGCCAGCGAAAGCGUCGUCAUUCAAACUAACAUGAUGCCAAAACAUAAAAUUCUGAGCCAAAACGGAAAUUCGGGAGUGUCCGUAGAGUCUACAGCCCCUCGAAGCCAAUUCGACAGAAAUAUACAUUCUCCAAAAAGCGAUUCACUUGACAAUGUCCAGGCAAACGACUUCUCCAACGAGGACCUAACAUCAACAGAAAACAUAUCUAACUUACCGACCAACCCAUUAGAAGAAAAUCAAAAUGCAAAUUAUAAUCUCAAACCAAAAUUAAAGAAGCACGAUUCCGAUCAAACAAUCGGGGAUAUCAAGUCACAGGGUGAGAAUCCUUCCGAAACGAAUUCUAAGAACAAAGAUUAUUCAGAUUAUAUAACACUAUUAAGGCCAAACGAUGACAUAACUGAAGACGAUGCAGAGACUCUAAGAGCAACAGAACUACAAAGGGAUAGAUCAAAUGUUAAACAAAAAGCUUUGGUAAAUGGACCCAAGAAACUCUCAGAUCCAUAUCACCGAAAGGAAAGUGGAAGAUCUAGAACUAGCACGCAAACACCUGAUUACGAAGAAUUGAAAGGCUCGGGUCAAGAAAAAGACACCAUUAAAUCAGAGACGAGUAGUGCAGAUGCCGACUCUGAUCAGCAGACGAUAUACCAUAAGUUUGUCCCCGUGGUAGCCAUCAAUCCAGCAGCACCAGGUCAGAACGUGACUGGGAAGAAUGCUUGGAAGCCGAGUGGUAUUCUGGUGAAGGGACGCCCAAAGGGCGGAAAGAGAAAGCCUGCCUGGUACGACAAAGGAGCCAGCACUGCUGCAGACAAAGCCGAAGUCCAGGGAGAAGACGCCGGCGCUACCUCAGAGGAGAUUGACAACUUGGCUUUUAGUGGGGAUCCCCAGCAAGAGAAAUAUGACGUCAUCAACCGUGACGGCGAAGAGAAUGAGGGCAGAAGGCUGAGUCAAAGCGGCAGCAAUCAGCUGAUCAGUGCUCAAAGGAAGUCAGAUGGAAUGUUAGAAUCAGCGAGUCAAACCGACCGCAAUGACCAGGGGGUCUACAGCAAUGAUAAAACUAGCCAACGUAUUAACGUCUUUGCCAUGCAGGGAAAUAAAGCAAGACAGAACAGUCAGAACGAACAAAGUGUUCGAAACGAACAUGACAAUCAAAAUAACAAUAACGAACAGUUUAUUCAGAAAAAUGCGAACAGAAAGAACCACAAUAUUGACCAGAGCGGACAGUACCAUCGAAAUGCGCCCAAUAAGCUAAACAAUCAAAACAGGCCAAUCGAUCAAAGUGGACAGUCUAAUAAAAAUGACCACAAUGGACUAUACAACACUGACCAAACUGGACAGUCUAUAAAAAUUAACCCCAAUGGACAACACAUUCAAGGUAAACAAAUCGGACUCGCUAGAAAAACUAGUCGCAAUAGGCCAUCUAGUCCAAAUAAUCAUAGCCAGCAAUAUAACCAAAACAAUGCAAAUCAGGACACCGAUCAAAACCAACAUCUUUCCGAAAACGACCAAAUCGAAGAGAAUGAUGAUAGCCAACUUGGCAAACCUGACCACCAUCGACAGUAUGGCCAAAAUAAAAACGACGACCGGGCAAUCACUGAGGAACGAAAUGCCCAAAACAAGCAAUAUAUUCCAAACAAGGAAACAAGCACUGAUACAAAAAUUGAACCCAGAAAAACUGUUGAUGACCUUGAAGCCAGUAGUAAAACCAGUAACUAUUAUAAUCAUAAAUACAACAUUAGUCACUACUCCCACGUAGCUCUGGCUAACAAGAAACAAGAACCUGAUAAAUCUCCAAACGCUUAUAAUGAGCCAAGUUCGAUUAUAAAAGACAAGAACAAUAACCCUGAUAGAAAAAGCCAACAAAUUCCCAAGUCCCCAGCGGAGUUACCCCACAUGCGAUACAACGUCAACGCCAUGCGGUAUCGGAAAUUAAAAAACCCCGGUUUUGAGCAAACAGUUUCUUCCACCGACGAUACCGAUACUUCUUUAAAAGAAAACUCCGCCGAUUUCAUUUCAUCUCAACGCGGAAAAGAUGGUAUCGAUACUCAGGACUAUGAUUUCCCAGAAGGUAUCAACCACAAUCAGUUUGAAGAUUUGGAUUUGACGAAAUCUUUAACGAAAGCUGACACAAAGAGAAUAAAUAGAGACAAACUAGAUGGCAACGAGGAGGCACACAUUUCGUCACAGCCGUAUCACACCACGGAAAUAGUCCACGGAAACGCCAACACGUCACCGACCGCGGAAGGAGAUGCUAACAAACAAAUCGACCAACCGAACAAUCAGCAAAUCUUUGAAGCCCCCCAAAAAUGGAAAUCAAAAUUGGAUUCUUCCAAAUCCGAAGUUAGCACGGAGCCCAGCGUCCCCGUUAAAGCCGGCCCGGCGACGAGUAAUUCAGAAAGGCAUCUCGCCUUGGAGACAAAUUCGGAUGAGGAAUUUUCAGACUUUUCCGACGACUCUUCCAGCUGGUUAGAUGCCGAGAACAGACAUCUUUCCCCAAUUCACGACAAAACGGCUAGCGACGAAAACGCAGACCCCGUUUCGCCUCCAGUACGCCACAUGGUCGUAGACGUAAACAAAAGCUUACAGGAAGACUGACUUUUAUUGAUGACUGAAGAGAGAUAACCCAAUAUAUUUUAAUGCACACAUGAGUUCUUUCCCCUUACUCCCACUCUACAGAUUGCUGAACCAAACUUCUUAUGGUUUCACUUGUAACGGCACUCUCUCUCCUCCAGUAUAUCUUUUUGUCAUUAGAGUUUGUUCCGAAAAAAAAAAUGAACUUGUUACAAAUUGUCAUUUUUAAAAGUAAAUAAUCUUUCCCUUUUAAAGCACACUAAACCACUGGUAGCAGCCCUUUACCUAAGUGUCUAGCAUUUGAGUCAUUUUAAGAUACGCAUUUUAGGAGGGGAAAAAACACAACAUUAUUGAAGAUUUUCAUACAUGGCGACGAAACUAAAAAUAGCAACGUUUUUGGCGUAUCCGGUGUAAAAAAAAUAGAGGGAAAUAUUGUGGAGCUAGGCUUUUGAAAAGGUUUAUGGUCAUUUUUGUGCAUUUUUUAGCACACCAAAACAAUAUGUUUAAGGCUCUUCCGUUUGUAGCACAAAAUAAUUUUAAUAUAGAGGGAGAAUGACUUUUAUUUUAGGUCUUUAAAACUUAUUUUAAAACAUUAACAACUAACUUUAAUUCAAGAGAUUUGAUAUGAACAUUAAUACACUAGGUAACACACAUUGUAAAAAUUAUAAUUCGAUUUUUUUUAUUGGCAACAAUGCAGUUCAAUUUAGCGACCUUGACAUUCUUAAUAAGUUUAUAGUGAAGAUCUCCAAUAGCCUAAGCAAUGUACUUGCGGGUAUCGACAUAUAAGCGUUGAGUUCAGAUAUUUUAAUAGCGAACUUUCUUUUACACAUUAUAGCUUUUUGAAAAAUGCAUGUCUCGUUUAAUACUUGGAAGAACAGAUGGUGUCUGUCAGUCUGUCACUUACAGCGCGAUGAUUGUACUAAUACAUUAGAACAAAAAAUGUCAAGCAGAGUUCAGGAACACUUUCCCUUUUUACUAACAAUGUUAUGAACAAAAACUUCCUUCCCCCCCCCCAAAAAAAAACAACAACAACAACAAACAAACAACAACAACAACAAAAAAAAAAACAAAAAAACAAGAAGAAUAAAAAAAAAAAAACAACUAAAGAUGAGAAAAGGUCUCUAUACACUUUGCUUUGUACCUUUGCACUUUAUCAAUGUUCUGACAUGAAAAUAUGCAUUUAUAUUAUGCCUGUUCUAAAACAGUCAUUUUAUUAAUAAAAACUUAAAGGUGUACCCAUUUUUUAUUACUGCAGAUUGUAGAUGGUAACUCUUAAUUUCAUAGAGAUACAAAUAUACUCGUAGCCUAAUUCGUUUUAUACUCAGUUCCCGUGAAACAUUUUGUUUGUAAGCAACAAAUUAGGUCAUUGUCACGCCUCUUUUUUAUAGUGUGGCUAGACUGACACUAGACCAUAUAAUGUACACAUUUAGUUGUUAACAAAUCUAAAGUCUAUCUUCACAUUUUUUUUGUCACUGCGUUGUUUACACAACAAUUGUUUAUCUGAUCUGAGGAGGUCACAAGUGUACACCCCCACAUCGAAAUGUCAGACACCGAUUUCAGUUAAUUAAGGUUUUAUAUUAAUAUUUGACUGUUAUGUGUAUACACCUAUUGGUCUCUAUGUAUAUAAUUGUAGAUCUCUAUGUUAAUAUCUAUAGAUCUCUCUACAUAUAUCUAUAGCUCUCUAUGUAUAUAUCUAUAGAUCACUGUGUAUACACAUAGAGAUCUCUAUGGAUAUACCUAUAGAUCUCUAUGGAUAUAUCUAUAGAUCACUGUGUAUACACAUAGAGAUCUUUAUGGAUAUACCUAUAGAUCUCUAUGGAUAUAUAUAUAGAUCACUGUGUAUACACAUAGAGAUCUCUAUGGAUAUACCUAUAGAUCUCUAUGGAUAUAUCUAUAGAUCACUGUGUAUAUACAUAUAGAUCUCUAUGGAUAUACCUAUAGAUCAUUGUGUACAUACAUAUAUAUCUCUAUGGAUAUACCUAUAGAUCUCUAUGUAUAUAUCUAUAGAUCACUGUGUAUAUAUCUAUAGAUCUUUGCAACUACCUACAACUCUCUAAGACCAAUUUUAUUUCUCUUUUCAUCCUCUAGCCCACCCACGGCUAGGAGUCCGGAGGGGGCCCUCCCCGCGAAUGCUAGGACAAUGAUACGGGGGAGUGCGGGGUGCUGCUUUGACAUAAGUCUGCCACAGUAGGAGGAACGAUUUUUUUUCGAAACUGGUUGAUGUAGUCCAUAGUUUAUUUUAUUGACGAUGGAGCGGUCAGACCACCAUGAUUGACCAGUACUUGAUUUAUGUAUGCACUCAAUGUGAAGGGUAUUGAUAAGGUUUUGUUGAUGUAAAUUUUUUUUUUAUACUGUAAAACAUGAAAAUUGAAUACACAUUUCUAAUGCCGAUGUGAACAAAUUGUGAAAUAAUAAAUAUACAUUUAAACACGAA